CAUGUGGUCACCGCCGUGCUAAAGAGUAGCCUGAUCUACGGCAACUGCAGGGGCACUAUACUCGUCUGAAUCCAUAUUAGGCAACGCGUGAUACGCUUCGUGUGACCACAUACACAACGUAGGGAACAGAGGAAAAAAGUUGUUUCACUAUUGUCGGAGCAGAUAAUUCCGACUAAUAGCCCUUUAGUUGGAGCGUUCAGGAAGUUUCCAGCGGAAAGGGGGCGUGCACGCGUUGAUAGUUUGAAUCCCCAGCGUUUAGUGAAGUCUUGUCCCGACCGACGCAUUCAGUUACGGUCAACACUGGAGUUAUGGACCGUCUUGUAUCUCUCCAACAUUACAAAGCUGGAAUGCUUCUCAGUGGAGUAGGGGAUGCCUUGGGUUACCGCAACCAGCUCUGGGAGUACAAUCAGUCUGGUCCAGCCAUCCACAAAGAGUUACAGGAACUGGGUGGACUGAAGAACAUCAGCGCAGAGCUCCCUGAUUGGCCGGUCAGUGAUGACACGGUCCUUCACCUAGCAACCGCGGAAGGCUUGACAACUGGAAAGGAAGGGGAGGAGCUGUAUCACGAGGUGGCCUCUCGCUACGUGGAGGGCAUGAAAGAUAUGGAGGGGAGGAAGCCAGGACCCUCAAGCAUUCUGGGUGUGUCCCAGCUGAGGCCGGGCUCGGAGGGGGGGUACAGGGUGGCCUACAACCCCGAGGGCACCGGCUGUGGGGCUGCCAUGAGGUCCAUGUGCAUCGGACUCAGAUAUCCUCGUCCCGAACAGUUGUCCUCGUUGGUCGCCGUUGCCGUGGAGACCGGCCGCAUGACCCACCCCCACCCAACCGGGUUCCUCGGUGCCGUCGCCUCGGCUCUCUUCACCGCCUACGCCGUCCAGCGCCGGCCCGUGGCGAGCUGGGGGGCGGGGCUUGUGAAGGAGGCGUGCCCGGUGGCACGAGAGUUUGUGAAAUCGCGGGGAUUCACCGUGGAGGAGUGCGAGAGGGACUGGGGAUACUUCACAGAGAAGUGGCAGUGGUACCUGGACCUAAGAGGACUGUCCUCAGGCACAGGCCCCGCGAUCUGGCCUGACCAGUACGGGCCGGUCGAGAGAGAUGAGGCCUAUAAGAGCUUCAGCCUGUCGGGGUGGGCGGGACGCAGUGGCCAUGAUGCACCAAUGAUAGCGCUCGAUGCGCUGCUGGGGGCGGGCUCAGACUGGGAGGAGCUUAUGAGCAGAGCCGGCUUCCACGGAGGAGACAGUGACAGUACGGCGGUGAUCGCCUGCUGCUGCUGGGGGCUCCGGCAUGGACUGGGGGGAGUUCCUGAGGGGAACUACAGGAACCUGGAGUACAGGGACCGCCUGGAGAACAGCGCAGAGAAGCUCUACACCCUCUCCCACUGAUGCCCACAAGCUGUUAUUAACUACAAUACAUACAAGGUCAACUUGACAAGCUCCCUGGCAACAGUAACGGUUACAUUUUUCCACACGCAGGAUGCCAACACUUAGAGUAACACUAUGCAACAAUUUGACACUUUUUGAAGUAUGGUUUUGUAGGGAUAUAGUUUUGGUACCAUCCUCAAAUUCAUUUUGAUAGCAUAUGGUCAUGUGAAGGACAGAU